AUGGCGGAUCAGAACGCGCCCGCCGUGGCCAGCACGAGUUUCACCGAUGCCCAGGUUGACGAGUACCGCGAGCAAGAUCGGUGGCUGCCGAUUGCCAACGUCUCGCGCAUUAUGAAGAACUCGCUGCCUACGACAGCCAAGGUCUCGAAGGAGGCCAAGGAGUGUGUCCAGGAAUGCGUGAGCGAGUUUAUUAGCUUUAUCACCUCGGAGGCUGCCGAAAAGUGCCUGCACGAGAAGCGCAAGACGAUCAACGGCGAGGACAUUCUCACGUCGAUGCGCGCUCUCGGCUUUGACAACUACGAGGGCGUGCUCAAAGUCUACCUUGCAAAGUACCGAGAGCACCAGAUCACGCAGGCGCGCUUGCGGCAGAGCCAGCCACAAGUUGUGCUCGAGGAGGAGGAUGGGCUCAAGCGUGGGGCCGACGACGAGGACAGUGACACGCGCCGCAAGAAGCCCCGAGGCAAGAAGCGCGAUGAAUAG